GUGAAGUAAAGCAGUGAGUGAGGACGUGUGCGACUCCUCUCGUCCCCCACGCCACCCCCGCACGCCAGCCUCCCUGCCACGCCCCCUUCCUCCCUUGCUCCUGUCUCACACCCUCGGCGUCUUCCUCAGCGCUGUCCAUGCCCCGCGGAGCCUCGUGAGCUCCACCAAGGGCGCUCCUCCCGCCUCCUCCACGCCGCCACUCCUGCAAGACAAGCAACACAGGGCCGCCCCGCCCCGCCCUGACGCACGCUGGUGCCGGCGUGACCACCUGACGACACCUGGCGGGCGGCGCACCUCACUGCCGCGCCGGGAAACCCAAGCGGCGCCACACUCCCGGACUGACGCAGCACACAUGGAGGAGGCGGAGGCGCAGCAGCAGCACAAGCACGGGGCUCUCGUGACUCAGUGAUGCCGAGGCUCAGCGUGGCGUGACUUCACUUCGUCUCAGCAUCUGUCUGUGACCUCUGAGUGUGAUUUGCGGCGACUUUCCGUGCCUGACCUCAGCCGGCCGCUUCUUCACCAAUGACUUUCAGAAGCGACUUUCUUCUUUUGUGACAUUCAACGCGUUCUUCAUCUUUGAUCCUCCUUGCCUCCCUCGUGCAUCAAACAUUCACGCCCCCUCCGUAUACGACCUUCACCGCUUUCUUCGCAAGUGAGCCCGUGGCCUGGUAAUGCCGCGCUCCUGCCGCUGUGUGUCUGUGUUCUAGUGUGACUUGUGGCAGAGCGCGAGGCUUGGCCCCCGCGUGGCCUGAAGGCGGGUCACCAUGUGCGAGGUGGAGGGCUGCUGCUGCCUCACGCUGCGGCAGGGCUGUGUGCUCAUCGGCGGCAUCACCAUCAUGGUGAGCCUGGUGCAGACCCUCAUCUUCUCGUGGGUCCUCGUCGAGACCUACCACUCCAGCCAGUCCGCCGCCGUGGCCUCCUCCUCAGCAGAUAACAAUUCAGAGUCCUCCUCCUUCUCCUACUCCUUCCCCUCGCUCUCAUGUCCCCCUGGCUUCUUCCUCCUUAAAACCACCUCCUCCUCCUCCUCUUCCUCUUCCUCCUCCUCAUCGUCGUCAUCCUCGUCCUCUUCAUCCUCCUCCUCUUCGUCGUCGUUACCGUCAUCCUCGUCCACUUCCACGUCGCCUUCGUCAGAGUCGUCGCUUGUUGAGGUGAUGGAGACGACUACAGCCAGUAACGACACAGACGCCGCGGGUUCGCCUCUUACGCUGCAGCUACGACCUCAGAGCGACGAGGACCACGACCCGCCGCAGUCCUCCUCGCCGCCCUCGCCUCCUUCACCGUCCGUUACCUCGGCUACGAAGGUCACGGAGGCUCUGGGAAGCGACGCCACGCCCUUGCUGGCCUCCUCGUCGUCCCCGGAUGGCAACGACUCCGUGUGGUCGUCGCCGGCGCCGCCCAUCGAGGAGCACAACACUACCAAGUCGUCCCCGUCAGAGGUGGACGACACUAAAACCCCUCCAAGGAUUAACUGCGGCGCCCCAGCUCCUUCUCCUGCUCCUCAUCCUCCUCCUCCUCCUCCCGCAGGCCAGGGCGUGCUGUGGUCCCUGGUGGUGGCCUCGGCUCUCUACUCCCUGGUGGGAGGCCUGCUGGUGGUGGCGGUGCUCAACUACGUGUCGUGGCAGCUGUCCAUCUGGUUCUUCUACACUGUGGGGUAUGACCUGUUCAUGCUCAUCGUGGCUCUGACGGACGGCGUGUACACCAGCUUCUCCGACAUCUCCAGCUACGUAGUGUGUCUCAUCACCACCUACUGCGUCAUCGUGGUCGACUCCUACUACGAGAAGCUGCUGCACGAUGAACGAGUAGAUAAAGCCAGCGGUGGGGGACGGCGCCGUUCCAGCCUCGUCAUCGUGAGGUCCUCGCCAGACUCGCCCACCUCCCAGCACGACUACAUCCCACCCACUUCCUACACCCUCAACACCCACAACACCCUCGCGCCCCCGCCCGUCAGCCUGGCGCCCCCACAGCCCUCCACGGCCGUCCGCUACCACGCCCUGGCCGGCUCGCCCUCCAAGGAGCCGCCCUCGCACAAGCAUCACCGCCACCGCCACCACGCCUAUGAAAACAACAUAUAGAGACUUCCACAGCGGCCUGCAGGAAAACCCUUAGCGUGAAGGACUUAGGAGCGGACGGUAUCCUGCGUGUAAGUGCCGAGAGGCAAGCCAGUGCGUGCGUGCGUGCGAGGUCGAGGCCAAGGCGUGUUACUGGAAUGACCCGCCGGGUAUAAACUUUUGCCUCUUGGGACGGGGAAGAACUAACUCGUGUACAAGCCAGACAAGACGCACGGCUGAACUCACACGUCCUUUGCUCUCCUACAUCUAACUCUACGCCUCCCAUAUCCAUCCCUCUUUCCCUUGCCGCCCUCUCCCAUCCUCCAUGAUCCCGUGCAGCGAAAGGCGUGGCUGAGUUCUGAAAAAAAGAUCACUUAUCUCUCACAGCUCUCCCCGCCCCCCCCCUUUUUUUUUUUUUACCUCAUCGCCAUCCAUGCGCGCCAUUGCCACAAGACGAGGUUCCUCACAGCUACAUAAGUGAAGAAUGUAGCGGUGUUCUUGUGUCUGAGUGACGUCAAUGCUUCUCGUACCACCGCGGGACUGACACCCCCCAGGCAAACCCGAGUGAGUCAUCGCGGAGUCUUCCAGCUAGACCGGCACGUCGCUCAGUGAUGCUCAAGUACUAAAAAUAAAACGGAGAGUGAAAGAUUCAGACCAAGACCUACUCGUACACGUCACGGCAAAGGACGCUUAGAGAUGGGUCUCCUACUUAGGAUGACUGACCCGAGCCGACGAACUGAACUGACGGGUGGGAUGAAGACGUGGCGGUAAACAAGUCAAAAAGUCUCUAUCUAUUAAACUGUGCUCAAAAACAUUUUUUUCAACGAAUGUAUGGUAUUGAAAGAUACGGAAUCUUUGAAACCAUGCUGAUUUUCUUCUCAAUAUCCAACAGUAAAGGGAUUCUGUCGACUAUUCUGCUGUCUGGCAAAGCUUUCGGACUCAUUCCUCAACGGCACUCACCAGCCUUAGCGGAGCAGCUGGCGUUCCUUUGCUCAGCCUGGAAACCACUGACGCACCGAGUAAUGAUGGUUCUUGGGAUGACUUCCAUACGUCACACAGGCGCGCUCACUCGCCUCUGUGUCGCUUCAGUGUUUUGCUCAUGCGGAACGUACCAAGUGUGCUAAUUAGGUUAGGGAUCACGCGGGCGGCUGGAUUACUCGUGUUCUAGCGAGUCGUCCCCACAAGACGGAGAAGCCGCGCCGCGCUAAGUCACUGUCGUGUUUGUUGUUGUGUAGCGACGUCGUUUGGCCGUGUAUAAGUCACGGCGACGUAACAGUGGUGUCAUAGCGUCCCAGCGUGCACAUCCUUCCAGCACAGCAGCUUUGCGUGUACAACUAGGCCAGCGGAGGGUAGAGGAGGCCGCCCUAUGUGCUGUUUGCCGCAGCACUCGUUCGUAACCCAUGACGCUGGGGAGCUGUGCCACGCCACGCCAGGACGGCUGCCACGCGCCAUCCCCAGCGUGUAUCCUUUGUAAUACGCCGGGGAGAGACUCGUGGCGUGACAUUUGUAACAGGAACUACAUGUAAGAUUAAUGGCUCGUCGUCGGCAUGGGUAUCAUAAAACUUGUAUACUAACGGCUCGUGUCGGCGAUGCUGUGACCUUAAAACCAACCCGUCGUGUGGGGAUUUGUAACUGUUCGUGACGCCACUCCACCCCUCUGUAGUUGUAACAUUUAUAACGCUACGGCAGUGUACGUAUUGCAGCAUUUGUAACACGGCAGCCACAGAGACACUUGACAUUUGUAACACACCAGCGGAGAUUUGUGACAUUUGCGUGGAGGCGAAAGGGACAGACGGCACGCAACAGGUGGGGUUCGUGAGGCCAUGAGGUACCCGGGCCCGCCGUGCUCAUGGUGACGUGAAAAUCAAAACAAAAGACAAGCGGCGGUAAUCGGAGGAGAGAGCCGGAGGGAUUUGCUUCUUCUCACCUUCUGAGCAUUACUGUAGCGAAUAAUGAAGGGCAGCACCGCAGAUUGAUAGCUACAAGAGCCUCCCCCUUUCAGGCUACUCUUAGGAGUCUACAUAAUGGAUUUCACUGCUAGAUGAUCUUUAUAUACCGGAUUUCACGGCUAGACUGUCCUACAUAUAACGGAUUUCACUGCUAAUUGAUCCCAAUAUAACGGAUUUCACAGCUAGUGCCAAUAUAUAUAAUGGAUGUCACUGCUAGAGUGUCCCUGUACACCGGACAUCACUGCUAAAUAGUCAAUAUAAAGCAAGCAAGCGGUAGCACAAGACCUUCGUGAUAUACUUGAUUUCACUGCUACAUAGCCCCUGUAACCCAAGAGUUCACGGCUCAAGAUCUACAUAUAAACUACAGGCACUGGAUUUCACUGCUAAAAAGGACUCUUAUAUACCAGAGAUUACUGAUGCGUUGAUUCAAUAUAAGGGACUCGUCUGCAGUGUUGCCAGAAGUGUGAGUAAGCCAGCUCUGCCCUCCCGCCCUCCUGCCUCCUCAUGACCACCGCGCCAAGAGCUGACACAUUUGAGUUCAGUUCAUUCAACAUUACGUUCGUUCAGUCGCGGUCACAAGUCUAAUAACACUCGCUUUCACUGUGCUUUAUGUUUUCCUUCAAUAUGAAGCCCUCCAGUCUGCCCUGUGAUUGAACAAGGGUAAUAUAAAUAGUAAAAUCUUCAAGGUUAGUCAUCAAGAUACGGCUUGAUAAUGUUAAAAUCUAAUAAUGGGUUAAAUUGCUUCUAGAAUAGUUACAUGAAUGGAAAAGACUCGGUGAUCAGUUUGUUAGUGUAAGGUGGGGAGCUUUAAAAGGCUGACAAAUCUACGGAGAAGUGGACUAAAGUAGAUAUUAGAUAUGUUUUAUACAGAGACUUCCACUUGAAGACCUAAUGGCUCAUUGCACUUUCUCUUAUACUCGCAUGUUCUUAAAACCUGACAAUAGUUUCACAGACUGAACAACUUCGGUUUUAUAAAGUAACCCAAAUCUACUAAUCUUGAGACAGUAACUAUUUAUCUCAGGGCAAAAAUAUGACGCUUUUUAAAUCGUGACCAUGAAAGGGUUAGACAUGAAAUUGAUGUACUAAAUUCAUCUAAACCUAACCUAACUUAAUCUAACCUAGUCCUUAGAUAGUAACACUAAUGUUACUUCAUUAUUAUUCGAGAACUUCAGAUUGAGGGAAGGUUCUGAACACAGCAGAGGAGCGUGCUGUGUUACUCGACCACUGACCAAGAUUGCACCAUGCAUUCCUUGGAUAUGGCCAAAACUAGAUAUUCGUACAUGUUAUACUUUUUCAGCUACAUAUAAAUACCAACUCAAAUCCUUGUAAUCAUCAUACUUUAAGGACAGAAAAAAAAGUCAAAUACAUUCAGAUACAUUCCAAUCCUUUCCUUUCUUCGUGUGAGGUACAAACAACAAUAUAAUCAAACACAAGAACGCGUAACUUCAUCUGAAAGUGAGACGAAUGAAACGGAAUCAAAUUACCUUUUUUUAGAAUCGUACAUAACCGAUCGAAACCUCAAUACCUAUUAUUACUAUACACUUACGUACGUACAUAUAUCAAUACAUUUCCUCUUCGUAUAUACAGUAUAUUAUAAAGGAUAUAUAAGAAAAAAAAAAAAGCUGUUAAAACCAUUAUUCUAUUUGGAACUUAAGGACAUAUAACACUUCUUGAUUUUCUCUGUCCAUCUCUCGUUUCACCAAGAUCCUUGAGUACCUUAUGAACUGAGAGACGCGAGCACGAGGAGGCUUCUGAGUGUCUGGGCUAGAUAGUGAGUGACACUGUGUGUAGAGUGACACUGUAUGUAGAUGGUUGUGUAAGCAGCUUUCCCUUCCUCUCUCUCUCUCUCUCUCUCUCUCUCUCUCUCUCUCUCUCUCUCUCUCUCUCUCUCUCUCUCUCUCUCUAAGUGAUAGGCUGAUAGGCUGUGGGUGACGUAGGUUUCGGUGUUAUGUGAAGGGCUGUGUGUAGUUUUUAGGGAGUCUCUCUGUCUGUCUGGCUGUCUGUCUGUAUGUUCUGUAAUGAUUCUCUCUCUCUCUCUCUCUCUCUCUCUCUCUCUCUCUCUCUCUCUCUCUCUCUCUCUCUCUCUCUCUCUCUCUCUCUCUCUCUUUCUCACUCGUCUCCUCCCUUUGAUAUACUAAUAAAAUGGUUCUGGUU